GUGCAGCCCUUAGAAGGCUCCCCCUUUGGUUUCUGUUUCCGCUCGAUUGUUGUGGCAGACGUCGGGGCUGGAUAUUGGAAAGCCUCCGCAGCACCGGGCAGGUUGUGAGAUGCCGGGCGGAGGCCGCUGCCCCGACUGCGGCUCCACUGAGCUGGUGGAAGAUUCGCACUAUUCGCAGAGCCAGCUGGUGUGCUCUGACUGCGGCUGCGUGGUCACCGAGGGAGUUCUUACUACCACCUUCAGCGAGGAGGGUAACCUCCGAGAAGUAACAUACUCCCGAAGCACAGGAGAAAAUGAACAAGUUGGUCGCAGUCAACAACGAGGUCUCUGCCGAGUGAGGGACCUCUGUCGAGUUUUGCAGUUACCAUCAACAUUUGAGGACACAGCAGUUGCUUACUAUAAACAGGCAUACCGACACUCUGGUAUUCGUGCUGCCAGACUGCAAAAGAAGGAGGUGUUGGUUGGGUGCUGCGUCUUAAUCACCUGCCGGCAGCAUAACUGGCCCUUAACCAUGGGAACCAUCUGCACCCUGCUGUAUGCAGAUUUGGAUGUGUUUUCUGGCACUUACAUGCAGAUAGUGAAGCUCCUGGGGCUGGACGUGCCAUCUCUUUGCUUGGCAGACCUGGUGAAGACCUACUGUAGCAGCUUCAAACUGUUCCAAGCCUCCCCAUCUGUGCCAGCCAAAUAUGUGGAAGACAAAGAGAAGAUGCUGUCACGAACACUGCAGUUGGUGGAGCUGGCAGAUGAGACGUGGCUGGUGACUGGGCGGCAUCCCUUGCCUGUUAUCACUGCUGCUACUUUCCUGGCUUGGCAGUCGCUGCAGCCUUCAGAUCGUCUGACAUGUUCCCUGGCCCGAUUUUGUAAAUUGGCAAAUGUGGACCUGCCCUAUCCCGCUUCCUCCCGCCUACAGGAGCUGCUGGCUGUGCUGCUGCGGAUGGCUGAGCAGCUGGCCUGGUUGCAGGUUCUGAAACUUGACAAAAGGUCUGUGGUGAAGUACAUUGGUGAUCUGCUCCAGCACCGCCACACAUUGAUCCGCAAGGCCUUUCGAGAAGGAACAGCAGAAGUAGAGGCCCAGAAGGAAUUGCAGGGGAUGGGACAGGGGCAAGGACAAGGAAAAGAGGAAGUGGGGAAUAGUUCCUUAGAUUUUCCUGAGAGGAAGCGAUCAGCUAGUCCUGCCCUUCUCCUCCCACCCUGCAUGUUGAAGCCCCCAAAGCGGGUCUGUCCUACACCCCCUGUCUCCACAGUUACUGGAGAUGAGAACAUUUCUGAUAGUGAAAUAGAGCAAUAUUUGCGUACCCCUCAGGAAGUUAGGGACUUUCAGAGAGCCCAAGCCGCUAGACAGUUUGCUGCCAUGAGUGGUCCCAAUCCUCCCUGAUGCACUUCACCCCAUUCUGACAGCAGCCAGAUAAUAGGCCUGUCAUAUCCAGAGAAAUAAGUAUAUACAAGUCCUUAGGUGUUAUCUUUCCUGUUUAAAGGAACCAAGACAGGUUCUGAAGUUAAUUGGAGCCCAGGUCCUGGAGUAGAAAUCAGAAGGAGCGUAGGACGCUUAGGUCGGAGAAAGUCCCCUCCCUUGGUGCCAGAGAGCAAGUUGCACAUGCUCACAUUCUUUGGGGUGGUUUUUAGACUCUUGGGAGAGGGCCAGGCUCUCUCCUGCUCCUGGUUUGAACUGGAUAUACUGCUGCUGCAGGCCUGAUGGGGCCUCCCUGCUGGUGUGGAGCAAUUGGCAUUUCCAAUGGUAUUAGCCUUCAGAGGACAGGAACUGGGCAACUGCCCUGUGUCCUUUUAUAGGCCGUGGGUUCAUGUGCAUGGUGUCAUGAGAUCUUCUACCUCGUAACAAAAGGACCAUGGGUGGAGCAAGGUUAUAGCUUAAAGGGCUUUGCAAAAUUUUAAUAUAUUAAAACAAGAGGCAUCUGCUAGAAAACAUUCUAUUGUAUAAAACCCGAGCUUUUAAAAACAUGUUUUCUUUGGCACUUUUCAUCCCCUCCCUCCCCUUUCCCCAGCGUAUUGCAAAAAGCUCUCCAGUGCUAAGGCAUUGGCAGGGUAUGUAAACAGCAGCCAGCAUAUGUGGAAGAAUAAUACAAAGCGUUUUUUUUUUUUUCUUUCUUUUUUUUUUCCUGUCUAAUAUUGUCUGUGCAGCAAGCAUAAAUAACAGGAUCCAUCCCAA